GUACUAUGUACAUAUGUAAAGGUAAAGUAAAGUGACCCACCUGAUGCAUCAUUUCACAUUCACAUGGGUUCGUUUGACUUCAGACCGGUGACCGGUGACCGGCCUCGUCUUCGUCUUCGUUUCAUUUGAUGAGCUCUAGCAGACCGCUAAACGCCAUCGAACAGACAGCAUGGAAAUGUGGUUUCAGCUCUAACUUUGAUCUCUUGUAAUCUGAAAGCUAUUUAAACUAAACUUGAACUUCCUCUUUCCUUGUACAAUACUCUAACACCCUACCCUACCCUUCCUUACCGAAAUCUAGCUGUACGAUACGACCCCUACGCACUUAGACACUUACACACUUUCGCAAUGAGGUUCUUACGUAGCUUGCCCUUCGUCUCUCUAGCUGCGCACUCCUGCGUAGCGGAAUCUACCUCGGAGCCGCAGUACAUCCUCAGCAACCCUCCCGCCUCGGAAUCAAAUUAUCGCAUUCCGACUUCAUACGAGUCUGCCGUGCUCGGUCGGCGCAUCCUAGCUCUUACUCCACUUGGCACUCUCGCCACCGUCUUCCCAGAUUCGUCCCGCGGACGCCAGCCAGAUGGUCUCGGCGGCGUGCCUCUCGGACUGAUGGAGUACGUAGCGGAUUGCGAGGAGGAGGGCAACCCUACCAUCCUGGCUAUUAAGAUCGGGACUACCUUCAGGAACGUGGACGGCGGUUCCAACAUCAGCCUGGCCCAGGAAUGGACUCCCCCAUAUCCACCAGACAAGCGCAUCAGAUCCACCUUCUUCGACUGGCUGUUUGGACGCGACGCCGACACCAAGACCAAGGACAGAGUGCCGUACAGCGCAGUCAACCUCCCGCGUUACAGCCUGCUGGGCUAUAUCGAGAAGAUCGAUUCGGCCGAUACCAAGGCAUUUAAGGCAUUGUCAUCGUGCUUCGUAGAGACGCAUCCCGACAGCAAGUACUGGCUCCCUGGAAAUAAGAUCCACGAGUCCGAGUUCGUGAGGCUUGUCGUUACACAAGUAUAUUGGAUUGGUGGCUUUGGCGACAGAGCCUAUAUCGGCUGGAUCCCUGUUGACGAGUGGAAGAAUGUUACUAGGAAGGAGUGGGAAGAUGUGAGACUACCUGGCGAGAAGAAGGGCUGGGACGAAUGGAGCACUUCAGACCUAUGAGCGCUGACUGUCCAUAAGUAAACGAUCAGUUUGGGAUACAAGUUAGGAUCUAAAUGGUACCAUAAUAGCAGUCGGAUGCAUCCCAGGUACUUGAGUGAAGAGAAUAGCAAAUAAUAAUGAUACUAGACAACUCUGACAUCAGUUAGUUUCGUGGUUGAGUCUUUAGUAUCGUGGUAAGAGUGCAUUCAUUCACAUUUAAACUACCAGUUAGGCGCCGGGUUUCCAUGGGGAAAAAAGGUAGAAUAAAAUUAUAAGU